AUGGCUUCCAUGACCGCUCCAGCCCUCACCUUUCCAAACCAGAAGCUCGCCGUUCCGUUUCCGGCGCGAACGCCCUCGCUCCUCCCCCUCCCUUCCCUAUCACCCUGCCGCUGCCUCUCCUCCGACGACCGCAACGGCGCCAAGCGGGGUUGGGACUCCUUGCUGCACCACUUCUCUGAGGUUGCCAAGCGCGUCGAUUCCUACUGGAAGUCCUUCGGGAACGCCGGCGAAGAUCGUAGCGGCGCCUCUGGCCACGACGAGGAUUGGGAUUGGAAUCGGUGGCGUCGGCAUUUCGAGGAAAUCGACGAGCAAGAGCGUCUCCUCUCGAUUCUCAAGUCCCAGUUAAGUCGGGCUGUGUAUUUGGAGGAUUACGAAGAUGCUGCCAGGCUUAAGGUGGCGUUUGCAGCUGCAGCUAACAAUGACAGUGUUGGAAGAGUGAUGUCUUAUCUCAACAGAGCCAUAAAAGAGGAACGGUAUGGUGAUGCAGCUUUCUUAAGAGAUAAAGCUGGAGCUGGACUUGUGGGUUGGUGGGCUGGUAUUUCUGAAGAUGUUAAUGAUCCACAUGGUCUAAUUAUUCGCAUUACUCCUGAGCAUGGAAGAUAUGUGGCAAGGAGUUAUAGUCCUAGGACUAAACCACUUCUGCUUUGUGCUAAUGAGGAAUGGCUUAUGCAACUUGUAACAUCUGCUGCUGGCGUUCCUCUAUUUGAAAUUUUUCUUACAACGGAUAAAAAUGGUGAAUUCAAGUCACAGGCUGUCUACCUAAAACGAAGAGGGGCCUUCCAUGGACCCCCAACAAUGUCCUCUAAAACAUUGGAUGCUACUGGGAGACUGAGUUCAGUGGAAUCUACUGAAGACAAAAGUGAGUUGUAUGUUGUGAGUACUGAAGAUCCAGAAAAUGGUGAUGAUAGGAACGAUGGCUCUGAUCCAGCUGAGGGAAUUCCUGGAUUUCAGAAUGUGUUGAAAGAUAUGAUUCCUGGGGUAAAGGUGAAGGUUUUCAAGGUGAUAACUCCAGCGAAAGUAGACACAGAUCUGUCUGAUGUGAUUGAACAGAUAAUUGAGGAUGAAGAUGGUGAUGAAGAAGAUGAUGAUGAUGAUGAUGAUGAAGAUGAUGAUGAUGAUGAUAAUGAUGACGACGAUGAAGAUGAUGACGAAGACUAUGUUGAAGAGAAGGAAAAAGAUACAGAAAGUAUAGAACUGGAAGACAUUAAGUCUGAAACUGACCAGGAGGGAGAUGAUGAGAUUGAAGUAAAUGCUCGUUUGGGAACUUUUGAACGGGAAGAUCAGAAUGAAUUUGCUGUCAAAAUUGCCAUUGGUGGACUUGUUCAGAAACUUUCCAGUAAUCUAUCCUCUAGAGAUUUGCUUCGAGUUCCUGCUAAGCUGGAUAUGAAGGGGUGUGGUUCAUUUUCGUUUACUGUUGAAAAAGAAGUCAAUAAGCAGAUUGGUCUUGACAAAGGAAAAUCUUCAUCUGAUAAAUCAACUAAGUUUCAAGGUCGUCGCAGAGUUGAUCAUGUUAUUUUUGACCUUGCUAAAUUUAUUGGGAGGGGAAAGAUACCCUCGAAGGUGCUGAAAGAGGUCGGAGAAUUGAUAAAUCUCACUCUAAGCCAGGCUCAGAACCAUCACCAAUUAUCUGGGUCAACCAUUUUCAAUCGCAUCAAAAUACCAACUUCUUUUGAUCCUUUAAAUGGUCUAUACAUUGGUGCACAUGGGCUUUACUCCUCUGAAGUUAUUCAUCUAAAACGUAGAUUUGGACAGUGGCAAGAGGACAAUGGAGCUAAGGAACCUUCAGAUCUUGAGUUUUACGAAUAUGUAGAAGCUUUGAAGCUAACAGGGGAUCCUUAUGUACCAGCUGGCCAGGUGGCAUUUCGUGCAAAAAUUGGAAAGAGGUAUCAACUGCCUCAUAAAGGGAUAAUACCUGAAGAGUUUGGCGUGAUUGCUCGCUACAAAGGUGAAGGAAGGCUGGCCGAGCCAGGGUUUCAGAAUCCCAGAUGGGUUGAUGGUGAACUUGUGAUUCUUGAUGGAAAGCACCUAAAAUCUGGCCCAGUUGUUGGAUUUGUGUAUUGGGCACCUGAGUAUCAUUUUUUGGUCUUCUUCAAUCGGCUUAGGCUUCAACAAUAG